UCCUUUACAGACUGAUCCUUUACAGACUGAUCCUAUACAGACUGAUCCUUUACAGGCUGAUCCUUUACAGGCUGAUCCUUUACAGACUGAUCCUAUACAAACUGAUCCUGCACCAGCUGAUCCUUUACAGGCUGAUCCUUUACAGACUGAUCCUUUACAGGCUGAUCCUUUACAGGCUGAUCCUUUACAGACUGAUCCUAUACCGACUGAUCCUAUACCAGCUCCUAUCCUAGACAGCCUGCUAACGGAAGAUUCGGAAGGUUCUGAUGAAGAGAGUGAUCAAAGAGUUGUUCUAUACAGGCAGAAGGUGGUUCAGGAGGAGUUGUCAAGACAUCAUACCCUGCGGCGCGCCGAGAGCCAUGUUCGACGCAAAAGGCUGCACUACCAGCUGGAGAGGAUCGCUCGCAAGCGCCAUCUACUGGACGCUAAGAGGGAACUGCAGAGGCUAGAGAAGGCCCUGCCACCUGGACUAGAGAGCCCUGUGUCUCCUGGCCUGGGGUCCCCCUCAAGGUCAAGAGGACGUCAACCUGUUUUGCGCAGGCAUUCUGUCUCAUCAGACCUGCUCUCCCGCUUAUACCCCCAACACACCCCAAUCUUCAGCCACUUCCUGAAGAGAAACAGACUAUCUGAACUGACAUUUGGAUCCAUCUGUUCCAGACAGUGGGUGUCUGAUAAAUGUCUUCCACGCGAGAGGACAAGGAGUCGCUCCAACACAUUCUCCUCAGGAACACAACACAGUAGUCAGGUGCAUGGGUACAGGACUAGAGCAAGUUCCUCAGAGAACCUCAAGCCGCCUGUGAAGGAGGAGGCUCUAAUUCAGCCGCCAUGCCAUGAAAGACCUGAGAGGAAACCACUGCUUCCAAAACAUGGACUUGAAUUUACAUUCAAGAACAAUCAGAACCCAUCACCAUCACCAAAUGGAGCGACCCUACAGUCAAGCAGUAAUGUCAUCAUAAAGGGACCCACAGUUACAGUAAGCGAAUCUAUCAGGCAGACUCAGCGGGCUCCAUGUCAGGGAGUGAAGAGCCUUCCCCGUGGUAGUAGCAAAGGCUUGGAAACGAUCCAGAAGGUCUUAUCACGCUCAGUCGGCCCUGGGAUAAAGACACCGUUAGCCAGGGUGUUUAGAAAACCACCAUCAGGAUUGAGUAUUGGAGGCAGAGGGACCAAGCCUAGUGGUAAAACAGCAAGCCGAUUUCACUGGAAACUAAAGCGAGGUGUUGAAGGCGUCAAGAUGAGCAGGAAGAAAUGCACGAUGAAAACAACUGUCUCAUGUGAGGACCUUGAUCAGAAGAAUCCUUCACAUGAUUGUGGGUGGAGACAAAGAUGGUGGCAUAGUGCAGAGACUCUGAUGAACCAGACCAGCACCCUAAGGUGGGUGGAGAGACCGCAGGGAUUGGGACUGGCAGGAUCGGAGAAGUAUGACGGUGAGGAAGAAGAGGAGGGUGACCAAUCCUCAGACUGUGACAGCUUGUUCUCUGUGGACUCCCUGUCCUCAGUCUACGCUACAGUCCUGGCAGAGCAGCUGAAGCAGGAGGAGGCUAUCCAGAGCGAAGGAAAGAGUGAAGACAGUCAGAUGUCAAAGGACUCACUGGCUAUGAAGAGCAGAGGGAAGCAUAUUGCAGCAAGGCCUGCACAGAGACGGACUGUGGUAGUACCCAGUCACUCUGUGGUGAGGGGUUGUCUCAAUCCCUCGAUUGGAAAAACUAUAAACAUGGCGUCGGAGAUUCAGCCAACUAAAGAGGGAAGAGAAGACAUUGAGAAACCUAAUGAAAUGCCAGCAGAGGCUUCCUGGAGCCAUCAUGGCGGUCCUAAAACCCGAGUCAAUAAAGCAACCGGCGCAACAAGGGAAUCACUGUACCAAAAUCAGCCAGCAAAAGAACCCAGGUGUAGGGACCCUGUAUCAAAGCUGAGUGAAGAGCUUGGACAUGUCCACACCAUGUUGACCAGCAGCCCUUGCUCUCUGAGCAGCUGUAGUGUGGGGGAACCAGAGAGUUUGCUAGUGCUUACAGAUGCAUGGUCCUACACUGAUGCAGCAGAUAGUCCUAGGAUCCUUAGGGACUCUGCCGUGUUGAGGAGGAGGAUGGUAUUUAGUCAUGGUGCGUUGGACAGCAACAGUAGUCCUAGCCCCAUCAGUGUGGAUCUGUCUGACUGUCAGUGUGGAUUUAGAUCCACUGCAUCCUAUAGCUCUGCAUCUACCGACAGCACAGAGGGCGAACAUGUUCCAGUAGAGGAACAAAGACUUGGGGUUUCAACUGAUUCUUUGAAUUUCCCUGAUUCUCAGCUUCUCCAAAUGUCACCGCUACGUUUGAUGAUGCCAUUGAAUCAUGAGGCGGUGUGUUGUAAGGGCUAUUUUGAACGUCAGUUAGUCAUUUCAGAAGGUUUGCUGAAGGGAUCUAUUAAUGAUCCAGGUUUACACCAAAAUCAAAGUAGAGAUGUCUCAGCAGAGCUUCAUUCACAUAGAUCUGCAUGUGCUCCAACCAUUGACUAUACGAUUCAAUGCACCCCAUCAACAUCAACAUUGGAGGCUGACAUUUUUCAUGGGCCUCAGAUGCAGAAGGUCACAUUAUCUCCAGAAGUGAUGUUUGUGGGAGUAGCAGACCUAACAAACUACACCGAUACUAGUUUGUCUACCUACAGUCAUCUGUCAAAAGCCAGUCUGUUAACUUUCCCUAAAAUUGAAGGUGAGAUGUUGAAUGAGACACCUGCCAUCGAAAGUGCCCCAAAUAAUUAUUCUGGAGAUAAUGAACUAUGCAAUUUAGAUGGAGACAUGGAAGAAGUCAGAGAAGAGGAGUUUUGCGAAGCAAGCAAUACCAAAGACAUAUCACUUGAAAGUGAGUUUAAAAUUCUGCAAAAGCUUGAAGCCAAAGUCACAGAGCAGGACUGUGUGUUGCCAGAGCAGGACUGUGUGUUGCCAGAGAAGGACUGUGUGUUGCCAGAGCAGGACUGUGUGUUGCCAGAGAAGGACUGUGUGUUGCCAGAGAAGGACUGUGUGUUGCCAGAGAAGGACUGUGUGUUGCCAGAGCAGGACUGUGUGUUGCCAGAGCAGGACUGUGUGUUGCCAGAGCAUGAGUUUUUCAAGGUGUCUUGUAAAAAUUCCAUAAAGAAGAACAAAGGCCUGCAGGACAGUUUCAUUGGCAGCUUGAAAAUUCCAAAGAGGAACAACAGAGGGGACUUCGCAGCGUUGUCUACUGUAACAGUCAAGAACAGCCAGGAAGUUAUUUCACCAGAUGACAACAAUAACACCAGUGAAUUAAAAGACAAACAAACUUCCUCUUCAGUCGAUUCAUUUAAACUAAAUCUGAGCUGCAAUGAAGGUCACUUCCAACGAGAUACCUCGGCUUUAGUAGCAAUGUCAGUGUCUGUGCACAUAUCCCAUGAAAAUCUCUCUCCAUGUGGCCAUAAAACCAUUGACACGGGUGGCCAUAAAGAGUCUCCUUUUGGAGAGAAGGCCGUUAUUGAAAAGAGAAGAGAAGUAGAACAAGUUGAAGAAAGAGAAUUUCAAGGGCGGGGUGAAAAGCUAAACUCAGGAAGCAAGAGAAGAGAAGUAGAGAAUGUUAGAUUGGGACAUCACCAUGGCGAUAGUAACUGUAGUACAUCAGACCACCGAAUCUCAGAGGUGAUGAAGGAGGAUAUGAGGAUGUUAUUUAUAGAUGGGGGUGGAGACAACAGUAACAGUGAACUGGACAGUCAGAGUAGUCAAAUCCUUAAUGCCUUGCCAACAAGCAAUCCUAACAAAUGCGAUUCACCAAAAGGUCUACAAGCAGUGAAGGAUCAUCAAAUAGCUGAUGAUCCACUGGUAAUCAUUAAGCCAGGCUCUUGUUCAACAUCAGAAAAGUCUUGUAUCGAUUCUGAGAUUCUAAAAAUGGACAACACGACAGACAUGGGAAACAUGAGCCACGGAAAGGUUCUUAGACCCUCUACUUCCAUCAAAUUAAAUUCUAUGAAUCAACUAAGUUUGAUAAGUAAAGAGAAUGAUCCAGACCAUAGGACAAAGAUCUCCUCGGGGUCCCAAUUAAGUAAGAGCUUUCAAGAGAACAUGAGAGAAGUGCAACUGAAAAAUGGAAUAACUGAUGUUGAUGCAAGGGAAUACAAGGGUCAGGAUGCUUCUGGCUGUUCUGUCAUUACACCAAAUGCAAGUGUCAAUUCUGGUGCAGCAUCUUUCACCGUUAAAAGCCAUGAGAUCCAAUUAAGUCUGGCAUUGAACAACCGAGGGAAACCUGAAUACAUCAACAAGCCUGUACUGCUGCCAAUGGGAUGUUCUUCAAUGUCUACUUCCACUUCCACUGCACCCAAAGAAUUCUUACUUUCUCCAGGGAAAGUGUUUGAAAGGGAUGUCCGUUUUUCACAUAUGGAUAACAUAAAGAAAGAAACAGGUCCUGAGAAGUAUCAUCCUCAUCAUGCUUGUCUUAGUAAUAACGAUAAACAAACUGUCAACCAGGCCGCUUCACCUGAGCAAAACCUGAAAUCUAGUGCUCUACAACCUCUCCAGAACUGCCCAGGAACAGUGUCCUCAGUGACUACGCCACCCAAUAUGGCCUUUGCACAUGCAAGGGACCUCAUAAUGGAUUCAGAAUAUGAGGUUCAAGGCGAAAGCAAGAACCAAUGCAAAUUGACCUCAACGGGUGCAAGUGGACAACUUUACUUAAAUGAUUGUCAUCGGCAAGCAGCUGUAGAUUCACUCUCUGAUCAAAUCGGGACUCAAUGUACACCAGAAAACAUUGAGAAGCACCACAACAGUCAACCACUCUCAAAUCAUUUCUGUGAAUCACAGAAGCUACAGGAGAAAGGCAGAAAAAAUCACAUUGAGGUCAGAAAUGAGCUCCAAAAAGACCCUCCCUAUGCAACAAAUCUGAGUCAGGAACUACCACAGUCAAAGUGCUCACUGAGUCAGGAACUACCACAGUCAAAAUGCUCACUGAGUCAGGAAAUACCACAGUCAAAGUGCUCACUGAGUCAGGAACUACCACAGUCAAAGUGCUCACUGAGUCAGGAACUACCACAGUCAAAAUGCUCACUGAGUCAGGAACUACCACAGUCAAAAUGCUCACUGAGUCAGGAACUAUCACAGUCAAAAUGCUCAUCUGAAACUCAGGUAGACAAAUUUCAUAAGACUUGUGUGACCGUCGAUCCUGAUCCUAAAAAUAAACAUCCCAGUGUAAAACACAAAACAUGUCAUGUUGAAAAAUGGCUGAAGAUUCAGUGCAAUGUGGCUAAAAAUGAAGAAGGGUCAAGGACUGAUGGAUCUCUGGCAAAAUCUCCUGGAACCUUGUUUGAUGUACCAAGUAAAAUACAUAGUAUUGGAUCUUCUCCAUCCCAAAUAACACAUGGAAGUAGUGAUGCUAAUAUGAAGAUAUUGGGUGACAUUUGCAGAGAUAUCAUGUCCAGAGAGGGAAAUACCAAAACAUCUAAUUGCAGGCAAUCUCAUCAGUUCUGUGGCAGUAGUGUUGUUCAUUACAAGAAGGGGAAGUCCAAGAGGUUCAGAAGGUCCAAAGCCCAGGCACCUCAUAGCUCAUCCUCUGACUCCACACUCAAGUCUUCCUCAGAUGAAGAAGAGAAAAUCCCUCCCAGGUUGGAUCAAAACAGGUCUUCAUCAACAAGAAUGAAGUCAGGAACUCAAACUAAUGGAAAAUUAGAGGAGAUGAUUCAAUGCAAUGGUGGAGAAAUGUCUCUAGUGAAAAGACAAUCGCCACAGUCAAAAGACAAUCACACUAUGGAAGCUUGUACUGACCAGACCCCAUAUAAAUAUGAUGAUAAAGCUGGAGUUGGCAUCAGUUUGGGUCAGAAAGAACACAGCCCCAAUGGACAAUCACCACAUAUAGAGAAAAGGACAAAUCGGGAGAAAAUCAUGUCUUCCAGUAUCAAAGAAACUGAGAUGUCACACUACACACCAAAGACUCAAGAUUUGCCAAUGCAUUUUGCCUCCAGCGACAUCAAUCCCUUUGCUCACCAAUGGCAAGAAGAAGAGCCAAACCAAAGCUGCUACAAGAACCAGGUGUUUGGAAGUGCCGCUGACAUUUCUUGUAAAUCACCGCUGCUGGAUUCCACUACCAAACACGUCACUAGAUGCUGCAGUGUCGACAAUGGUUUAAACGUGCAGAACUCUCCUUUCAACUCCCACCUGAGCACUUACGCCAACAACAAUGGACUCUCCAGCACCCUGAGCAUCAUGGAGGAAGACUUCAAAGAUCAAACGUCCCUCAAAGCCCAUCUGAAAGAACGUACUAACCAAGUCUCCGGUGUUGACGAUCACAAUCAACAAGUGACUCUGACCAUGAGCUGUAACUCAUCUUCUUGCUACAAUGUAUCUGGAGAUCUUGGUAACAGCACUGGCCAGGUGGAUGAGAUCAUGUUGGUUUACGACUCUUCAGAGCAGGCGUUUCAGGGUAACGGGUUUCAGAGGUCUGAAACAAACACCAGAUGUGACCAGAGCACCCAGACAACCUUCACUCAAGAAAGCACGACUCAGACAACGAUCAAUCAUGGUGAUCUACAGAGGAGAAACAAACGUCACAGAAAGAGCAGCACUCAGGUACCAGUGUUGCCGAAGACCACAGAGGCCUGUAGAGAGACCACCACAUGGGCCAGCCUUCAGAACAUGUCUGAGCAUCUCUCACAGCUGAUAGUAAACACGUCUGAUCUUCUGGGGAAUGUUCAGGGUAUGAGGUCUGGCGAAAGCCUCAAACAUAGCCUGAUAAGAAAUGUUAAAUCUUCAUCUCAUCUGUACUCCUCCACAGAUUGGAUGAAGAGAGACUGCUCAACCAAAACUGCAGUAGAUAUUGGGAUCCAGACCGAAAGGACUUUAACACCCGUUGAAGACGAAAUGUCUAUCCCCCAAACUCUGUCCACAGAGAGGUCCAAAGCCCAUGAAGUUAAUGUGAUAGUCAAAGUGAUUGGCUCAGAAGUUCUCACUGUGUCACAAGACAAAGGGCUUCCUCUUCAACAUCAACUCAAGAAAAACGUGGAUGAUAAUAUUCAGAGCAUGCCUGACCUGCGACUCAAUGGCUCCACUGUUAACCAAAGAUCUAUCUUGGAACCAGAGAGUCUCCCACACAAAGUCCCUUCCCUGGAGACUGUCCAACGCCACAAUCAUUCAAAUCCUGCCAUUCGUCAUAUAAGCAAUGAGGACUGCAAUCCUGAAAGAGUGUCCUCCUCCAAAAGCUUGGGAGUAUCUGAAGUCUGCCAUCAUUUGUCAGAAAUACUCAGACCAGAAUGCCAUAAUAUCUUGAGAAGGAGUGACCCGGGAAUAGGCUAUAGAAAACAAGUGAGCUUCACAGACCGUGCAUGCUCACCCAUUCUCACUGUGCGUCCCAGGGCUGGUUCCAACCAGAGCAGAAUAAAGUAUUUACAGAGUCCCAAAGAAGAACAGAAGUUUGAGACGCAAAAUAGAAGUAAACACCACAUUUCGGACCAGUCAACACCUUGUUUAAGUUACAGCGGACACAAAACAUGCAUGUCUUUCAUAAAGAAUGAUAAGAUAUCAGGACAUAACUCCCUUCAUCUGUGUGACAAGCCAGGUGAUAACUCCACCACAAAAUCAAUGGGAUUGAUAUUCCUCGAGAAUGUGAGUGCCCUCAGCCAUUCAAGACCAAAAGGGCCUGAUGGAUGCUCAGAAAGUCUUAGUUCGUCUAUCGACAAUUACAUCCACAAUGAAACCAGCGUUGUCAUCCAGGACGAAGAAAAGGAAAUGAGCGUAUGGCACAAAACCAGCCAACGUCCAAUAUGGUCCCUUCCUUCUGUUCUAAGCAGUAACAGAGUCGCUAUGCAGAACCACACCUCUCUCAUCUUUAGUCAGACUGUUGAGUCCAAACAGGAGGAGAAAUCCUUCACUACUUUUGGAGAUCAACUAAGCUACAGAAGACAUUCAAUAGAUUCCCACAACAGUAGAUCAUCAGAGCGUCCAGUGGAGCACUUCUCUGGUGCUUAUGAACAAUCCCCUAUCAGUGACAGCACCAUCCAUGUUCAGGAGGAUGACAUGGUGUCGUUGGGCCCAAGCGAGUGCAACACAGACAUUCUAGUGAACACCAACCCAGUCACCCACACUCCCAACUUCCAACACUCCCCACAUCAGCUAGAUCACCAGCGGCUCCCUGAGGACCUACCUGUGCACAACAAGUUCACCAACUGGUCUGGUAUCAGUCAGCAUCCCUCUGAGAUAGGACGGACUAAUAGUUUAAUGAAACCAGCCGUGUAUCUACCUACUGGUCAUGAAGCACAGAGGAACCAGCCAGAGUGGGCUGAGCUGGAGAGCCAGGAGUCAGAGUCCAGCUUGAGUCCAGAGCCCAUGUUCCAUAAGGACAAGAAGACAAGAGAGAUAGAGAGGCUACGUAAAGAGCGCGAGCAGGUCAUGGCUACGGUCCAACUGAACAUGAACCCUCAUCAUCUGACCUUGGAGCUGACUGAAGCCAACCUGCACUACGGUCUGGGAGAGAUGGACACGUUGUUAAAGAUGCUGACAUCUGGUGGAACCAAGGAGGAGGAACCGUCCCCUGUCCCUACCAAACAGCAGCUCUAUGACCAGCACCGGAGGAGCAUUGAGAGUUUGAGAAAGGACAGGGAAGCUCAGCUUCAGACCUGCCGUAGGACUCGCAGCCUCAGCCCCAGCAAGCACCACUUCACCCGGUCCCCUCCUCAACCCAGAUCCCCUCAAAAAGACCCCAGAGUUUCAGCCCUGCCCAGUCGCUGCAGAGGCUACCUUCAACAGCUCCGUCAGGAGGUAGUGACGAGCAGGAUGAUCCCAGAUCCACCCAGAGGAGAGGGUGAAUAUCCCCCUGAGAUAGAGCAUCUUCUGCGUGACUACGGCCGUGCCCGUGAGGAGGCCAUGACAGAGAUAUCCCGUGCACGGGAACGGCUCCGCGAGAGGACAGAGCAGGAGAAAAGACGGCUCCAGCAACAGACUCUGUCUCAGAUGGUCAAUGAUGACUUGCGGUAUCGGACCAGAGUCAGCAGCAGUACACUGUGCACUGGGUCGAGUCUGAGCCUAUCCUCUGGACCAACCUCUGGCUACAACAGUGGCAACACAGCUCAGCUGAGGGAUGGCAGUAGACCCCCACUGACACAGGAGGUCACUGAGGUCCUGGGUGAUGGGCUGAAGGUCAGGUCUCGCCCUCCCAUCUGUGGUUCUCAGAGUGUGAAGACCCAGCGUGCCUGGCUCUCUGCCCAGGAUGUAUGUCUGGAGCCUGGUGUGUCAGGGUAUGACCCUCUGAUGUCAUCCUCACCGUCAUCUCCUACGAACCUACGACAGCGUACCUCCUCUUUUGGCUCCGCCUCGUCCAUAUCGACAGCCUAUCAGGACUUCACUUCCUGUCUGCUUGGUCGAGCUAUGGCUGAGGUGCGCUUGGCUGCUGCUAGUGACAUGGGGAACCUGGUGAUGGGGAAAGCUGCAGCUGGUUGGAGGUACCAGGGCGUGGAGCGAGGUGUCCAGGCCUUCUACAAGCCCUCCUCCAGCCCAUCUGUGCACUGUUUCCUUGGGGCGGUGGAGCUGGAGAGGCCCCUGGCCAGCCUGUGGAGCAUGGUCCGAGACCACUCCAAGACCCACCUGUACCAUGAGGCUAUCCGGUCUGCCUGGACACGACCACUAGAUGACAGCACUCAGUUGGUCUACCUGCUGACAGACCCAUCCAGCUGCCACCUCAAACAGCCCAGAGACUUCUGCUGCAUCAGCACCCAGUCACAACAGGAUGAGCUGUGUGUGCUGGCCAUGCAGUCAGUCUUCGAGGAGUCUCUCCCUCGGCCCAGUGUAGAGGCUGUCCGAGGGGAGAUGUUGCCUAGCGCCUGGGUCCUUCAGACAAUCACACGCCACGUCCGAGAGGUCGUCAGGGUCAUCUACCUACUGCAGGUGGACCUGGGCACUCCAUCCCUUCCUCAGAGACUGUUGGGAUCAGUGGCUAGGAGACAGGCGUCCGUCCUGGCUGAGCUCGACUCCCUUUUCUCUUUGUGAGACUGACAGAAUGGUCAGGGUCGUGUUCAUUAGGCACCAAAAGGAAGAAAACAGACUGAAACAAGGAGGGACUAACUGGACUUUUCCAAUAAGAAAUGCACAUUUUCUUUUUCCGUUGCAAAACAUGUUGCUACAAUGUGCCCCAAUGAACACGACCCAGAUCAACUGUCCAAUUAGAACACAGAUUUCGUCUCUCAUUGCAAAACGUUUUGCUAUGGUGUGCCCUAAAGAACACGCCCCCAGGUUAAUGGUCACACGCGUAAAAGUGAGUACUUAGACGUACGCCCUGAAUCUGAUAUGGGAUCUGUCUCUAUUGUAAUUUGCAAUUUAUUUACUUGAUUGUAUCCUUAUGAAGAGCACUGAUGACAUUGAUUUUGUGAUACUAAGUAUCAUGCAGCUUGUUUAUAUCGAAUCAUAACUGUGUUUUGUGUUUAAAAUGGUUCAUUGAAGACCUGUGUUUAAUGCGUAUGAUUAUACCAAUCUUUUAAGUAUAUUGCCAAAGAUUGAGUGGUCUAGACUGGCUGUCAGGGAGGGUUGAGGAUGUGGCUCCUAUAUUUUACCCAUACAACACAUCUUACUGUGUCACUGCAACUUCUGACCAGGGUAACACCAGGUCCUAAAUGUUUACAAUUCCACAUAUUUUUCAGAAUAACACUGAUUUAUAUCAAAUGCAAAAUGAUCGUUAGUCUCCUGUUGCCCAUUGCUAUAUUUAAUCUAUCUGUAAGCCUCAGUUGUACUACUUCCCUAGUUACUGAUUUAUGAUACAAAGUGAUCAUUUGUCUCCCAUUUCACUGUCCUCCCAGCCUAAGAACUAACCACUUUUAUAAUGACCACUUAGUGACAUAAUUGUUUUCUCCAGCAUCCUGUGUUAAUGUCUCAAGGCACAGCACACUUUACUAAACUCACUACCCAACCUUUAAAAAGCCAUAUUAUGUGUUUUGUUGACUGUUCAGGACAUUAUUUUUCUGUAGUUGUAGUACUGCAGUGUCACAGUAAGAUGGUCCCCAGGGGAACCAAGUAAGCAGGAACUGAUAUGAAGGAUAUUAACUCAGCAAAAAAAUAAAUUUCCCUUUUUCAGGACCCUGUCUAUCAAAGAUAAUCCGUAUAAAUCCAAAUAAC